AUUCAUUAUAUUAUAGUUCAAAACUGUUACGAUACCUAGCUAUUAGUUAUAAUUACUGUGAAUACUGAAUACGCAUGGAAUAGAUAUGCUUAAAUAUUUAGCUGUUGUUUCUUCGUUAUUAAUACUUGUAGAAGCCAUUCAAAGAUGGCAUACAUCACAAAUAAUGUUAACAAAAUUAUAUGACGUGCAAAACGAUCAUUUUAAUAUCUUGGAUAAUUACGUGGAUUUGGAGACAAAACGUUUGGAAGAAUUAAAAAAUUAUGUAGCUGCAGUAUAUGAAUGGCGUGAUAACAUAAAAACCAAAAAACACUUCUUACACGAUCACAUGGAUGUUUUUAAAGUGAUGACACAAAUGCUCCAACAUUAUUUUCAGAUUGAUGAUUUAAUCAAAAAUAAAAAAUCCUUAGAAGCGUUUAAAGAUAUUGACGAGCACAAAGAUCUUAGUGGUGAACAUAUUAUAUUGUUGGCACAUCGAGCAUUGAGGAGAUUACAAUUAUUUUAUGCAAUUCCUGCAUCAGACAUGUCGGCAGGUAGAUUUAAUGAAAAAGUUAUAGGCGAUCGAAUGGAUGCAUGUGAAUGUUGCGUCAUGGCGAAGUACUGUUUAGAGGGAAACGAUCCGUAUGGCGUCCUAGAUUGGGCCGUUGAAGCCUAUGGAAAAUGGGAGAGUGAAGGUCGACCAGAAUGUGUAGAUCCCGACAUUUUAAAUUACUAUAUAGUAUCAUCAUCGGUGUAUACAGGAUUUAACUUUAUGAAUUUAAUAAUUCUAAGUGGACCAAAUUACCAAGAAUAUACUGAAAAAUGUGUGCGUUAUUAUCACCUUAUGAAAAACGAGUUAUUUGAACUCGAAAAAGAAAGAACAACGGAUAUAGUGAAAUAUUCGAUUGGACAUGGAAUUGCGAAUGACUUUAGAAAUUUGUGUAAGCAUGGGGUAUCACGAACAUUAACAAAAUACUCAAAAUGUAGAUACCAAACGAACAAUUUAUUUUACCGAAUAUUGAUGCCCUUUAAAGAAGAAGACAUUAAUAGUGAGCCUCUCAUUAAAAUAUAUCAUGAUGUAUUAUAUGAUGACGAAAUCUUGAAAAUUAAAACGUUGGCUUUAGAAAAAAUGAAAGAUGCAAAAGUCAAAUCAGUUGAUGGUAAAAAUUAUUUAUUAGAAGAAAAAACUCGCUCAGGUCAAGUCUACUGGAUUUUCGAAGUUGAUGCUGUUGAAUAUUUUGAUGCACUAAAUACUCGUAUUGAAUCUUUUACCGGAUUUUCUACAAAGACAGCUGAGCGAUAUCAAAUUGUUAAUUAUGGUUUAGGUGGUCAUUAUAUACCGCAUCAUGAUUCGUUUGCAAAAGGAGCUGAAAAUGUUAAAUUUGGUAACAGAUUAGUAACUGUACUAUUUUAUUUGACUGAUGUUCAAAACGAUGGUUAUACGUCAUUUCCAAUGCUAAAUAUUAUUGCUCCUGCUGAAAAAGGGGCUGCGUUGGUUUGGAAUAAUUUGCAUAUGUCUAAUGGACAAAAAUUCUAUGAAACUCUUCAUGGAUCAUGCCCUUUAUUGAAAGGAAAUAAAUGGAUUAUGACUAGAUGGCUGUACGAAGAAGGACAACAUUUGCCUUAUAAUUGGAAAAAUAAAUAAAAAUGUGUACAAAUAAUAUAAUAGACGAUGAAAUAACAAUUUUUUGUGAAUACAGUAAUAAAAUAUCUCUUGAGCAAUCUA